AAAAUAUCCCCAUCAAAACAUGUUCAAAAUAAUACACAAGAAAUACCUUGAAACCAAGAAGCUAUAAAAAGCGAGCUGUAUAGUUGUUGUACAAGUCUAUCUAUAUCGAACUGUUGAACUGCAAUGGCAAAAAAUUUGCCAAUAGCUGCCAAAGAAGAAGCGAAAAAAAUCAAUACUAAACUGCAGUGCUCUAUUUGCUUGAGCCAAUUUAAGGAGCCUAGAGUAUUACCUUGCUUUCAUGUCUUCUGUACGUCACCAUGUCUCGAAGAACUAGUUGUUGAAGACGAGACUAGCAAAUCCAUAACUUGUCCCACUUGUCGAAAUGUGGCUACAUUACCGGAGGGCGGAGUGGCUGACCUUCACACUGAUUUUUAUAUCGAUCACCUUUUCGAAGUUCAUGAGGCUCUCGCUAAAGUACAUGAAUCCAAUUGUGAGAAAUGCAAGAAAUUUCAAGCAGUAGGGUACUGUCGCGAAUGCCAGAACUUUGUAUGCAAAAAUUGCUCAGAAAUGCACAAAAUGUGGGGUGAGCUUGCAGAACAUCAAAUAGUACCCAUGCUCAAAGUGACGGCUGAUACCACGAUGCUAGCUCCUUCAAAACAGACGCCUCGAUGCAAAAAACACCCCAACAAGAAACUCAAGAUCUACUGCAACUCUUGCUCAAAGCUCAUCUGCACUGUUUGCUCCAUGAAUUGCCACAAAGGUCACUAUUUUGAGCUCGUACAAGAUGCCUUUGAUAAACACCAACAUGAGAUUGCUUUUAGCCUACAGCCAAUCAAAGAGAAACUCACUACAAUCAGAGAAGCUCUAGUAGCCUUCGAUACGAGAGCAAAAGAGAUCAACGAUCAAAAAGUAGCCGCGGAGACUGACAUAAAAAAGGAAAUUCAAGAUUUGCACAAACAACUCGAUCAGAGAAAAGAGCAAAUUCUACAACUCCUCGAAACAAAAACACAAAACAAGCUACAGGAGCUAUCAGCUCACCAAGAGAGCGUAGAGAUACUGCAGCUACAGAUGACAACCUGUUUGGAGUAUACCAAUAGUGGCCUUAAAAACGGAACAAAAGGAGAAGUGAUGAGCAUUAAAGGUCCUGUACUACAGAGGGUGGGAGAGGUCAUGAAGAAAUUCAGUACGACCCUUAUUGAACCACAAACGAGAGCAGACACGAAACUAACUCUCGAUGGAAAGGACGCGCUCAUACAAGAAGUCGAGGAAAAGAUACACGGUGAAGCAAAAAAACCAGAAUCGAAAAGCAAGCCAACUAAAAUAGUUCUUAGAGGCCACUACUCUCCCACUGGUGAUUCACAAAACAACUAUCGGACAAAGCUCACUGUAGUAGCGAGGAAACUAAACCCGAACACUCUACCUCCAAGCGAACUACUAGACACGAUCGACAGUUUUCUCCCGAAAAAAAUCCAGCAAUCGAAAUCGAUCCAGUUUUAUGCUACAGGCAAUAAGCAGACCCUUAUUACAGGGCUUAAAGAACGAGGAACCCUGAACGACUACAUUCAAAGCAAUAAAAAUAGUUUAACUCUAUCCCAAGUGAUGAAACUUGCCACGCAGAUAGCUGAAGUAAUGGCUUCCCUUGAGGAGCACGGGUAUAUACAUCGAGAUUUAGCACUGAGAAAUAUUGUGGUUGGACAAGAACAUUUCUGUUUGCUUGGAGAGUUGAGACAGGUUGCAGAGGGUGGGUGGUACGAAGCUUCAUCCAGUGACAAAUUCGCCAUCAAGUGGACAGCCCCUGAGGCGAUGUUUAAAAACAGAUUUACGAUCAAGUCUGACAUUUGGUCUUUCGGUAUUCUACUGUAUGAGUUGGCCACGUUUGGUCGUUCUCCCUAUCCUGGUGUUUCAAAUGCACAAGUGGUUGAGAAGCUCAGAGCAGGUUAUCGAAUGAGCAAGCCGCUGUUCUGCCCAGAAAGUCUCUAUAAGAUAAUGUUAAAUUGCUGGGAUGAAGACCCUGGCAAGAGACCUACGUUUGAAACCUUGCAGUGGCAGCUUGAAGAGUUUUUCGAGGCAGAUGACUACGUAACUAUGACACCAAAAACAAAUGCCGUGCAUAAUCCCACUAUAACUUCCUUGUAAGAACAAGUACAUAAUUAUAGGAUGUUAGCAUUUAAUUACUAGUUUCAUUUUCAUUCACUAUAUGCAUACAUUGUCACAAUAACAGAUACUAUCAUUUGUGCACUGCAUGGUUAAGAUAUGAAUAUCAAC